AUGAGUGUCAACGUUGCCGAAGAGAAAAGCAACAGGAAAAUGCAUGAACUUUUCAUGCAAGUACUGAAAAACAGAGAUCUAUCCAGAGCCGGCGAUCUUUUCUCGGUACCGGAUUCAGUUAUCGUCAAUGAUUUGACGGAUGUGCUGAAAGAAAUUACAGCAAUCACAUCCUUGCCAGACUAUGUCAAUAAUGAUAAUGACCAAAGUGUUGUGGAAAUAUAUGUCACUAGGGUGACAUCAUGUAUUAGAGAAACAGGAAGUGUGGAACAACAUUGUGAUGCUUUGGUCACUCUCUUGGAAUCCUGUUUACACCAUAACCUAAAAGUAUCUCCGAAGGAUGAGGAUCCACCUCAUGCUAAGAUCUCCAGUGAUAUUAUUUCUUGUAUAUUUUUGAAUUAUGGUAAGAAAUCUGUAAUGCAGAGAGCACUACCUGUUGCUGUAAAAUUUUUACACAAAGGUAACAAAGAGCUUUCUCGUAAUAUGGCAUCCUAUCUCUCACUAGCAGCUAUGGAACAUGCAUCACUAUUAACACCUCAUGUGCAGCCAAUCAUGGACUCUAUCAUUUCUGGUAAUUAUCCUCUAUGUAGGGUAUUGCCAAAUAUAUAUGAAGUAUCUCCAGAGCCUUUUCAAGGACAUGCUAUGGCUCUAGUGUCACUACUACCUCACUGUGAUAACCAAGAAAAGUUGGCAUUAUUGCAUUUGUUUGCACUUAUGGCUAAGGAUCAUCCUUUGCUACUGGAAGCCAGUGUUCCCCAGUUAUGUGAAUACUUAAGCAGUGCUACAACUGCAGCUGCUACACUUCAGAUAUUCCUACAUAUGGCUGAAAAGAUGCCUAAUCUAUUAGCAGAUCAUGUAAAUGCCAUGAAACAAUCUGCCCAAAGGCAUCCGCAGACUGUUUGCUUGGCAGCCCAAAUUAUAAGUGCUGUUGGCAAGCUUAGUAAGGACCGCGCUCAAGAUGCUUUGAAUUUCGUUCUGGAAUAUUUACCUAAGGCAGACAGAGGGUCCCAAAGUACUUUGUUAAGAGAAGCUACGUUACUUUGUAGCUCUUACCCAGUGCUAUUCACUGACAAAGUAUUGACUGGCAUCAGACAAAGACAUCACACAAGUACAAAUCAAAUAGCUCCUCCUACUACCACAGCAAACGUAACAUCAGGGGGAGUUACCAUAGUGAAAGUAGGCGGAGCACAUCCAUCACAGGCUCCUCCCACUACAACAGCAGCUGUUGUAACCACGCCCACACCUGCUGUAGGUUACACAAGAAGAGCGAAACUUGGUGAUUCGAGAAGUACAGGGCGACUACAUACAGGCGCUAGUACUAAUACCCAUAGGAGCAUGACACGGUUAAACAUAGCUGGAGGUAGUGUGGGUGGUCUACACAAAAGUAUGACUCGUCUGAGCUCAUCCCAGCAGAUCAACGCUAAUGGAGGACAACAUCCUGUGGCGCCACCCGCGUCAGGAGGGGUAGUAGUGACAGGAGGCAGCAAAUGGGCGGCGCCUAAUCCUGGGGCGGCAAAUGUUAAGGUGUCCAGUGGCGGGGUGACAGUUACAACUAUUUCUCCUCCUAGGAUGCAGCGACCCCUUAGUCAAGGACCGUUCACUCUUAUUGCGAAUCAUACUAACCAGGUAUCUGGAAGUCCCAUCAUGCUAUCAACCCCACCACACCCAGGAGGCAACUCAGUCACAGUGAGCUCUGGAUUUACUGGAGCAGGCUCCAUACCCAGUGGACAAGUAUCAAUAUUAACCAGUGGCGUGUCAAGCUCAGUGACUCAAAUGAUAGCAGUAGGGAAUAGUAUAGUUCACACCCCGCCUCCUUUGCCAGAGCCGAUUGGUAGCACAAACAUCACAAACUCGGGAAGUAAUAAUGUCAAUAUCAGUGGUCCAACCACAGUGGUUUCUCGGCGAACUAACAAUACCAGUGUCACUUUGAUAAAUCAAAACUCUGUAGCUAAUCAACGAAUGAGCGUUUUUGAACCGUACCCAAUGAGAGAUACCAUACAGCAUUUUUGUGAGAAGCAUUUAGAUAAGAUCAAAAGUUACAUGGAAAACGUAUCGCUAAGGAUACCUUCUCCUGCCAAGUGUACGAUAGAAGAAAAGAGGCAGAAGAAAUCUGCAAAGUUGCAUUUUGCUUGUCAGGCUAGGGGGCAGCACUGUUUGUAUUCUAAGACUUAUUUCACGAUGAGAACGAGGAAUCCUAGGAUAUGGAUACAUCUCAUGUUCAUCUCUCUACAGGCACGUCAUUCCCACGCCCUGAGCUCCCGAGAUGCCCAAGUGGCCAGCUUGAAGCACUGUUGGGAUAUCUUAAAGUGCGAGAACAAAACUUUCCUGACUUUAGUGACCAGCGCCUUUCCAUGUUCUAAAGAUCAAGACGCUUUGGUGAAUGAGCUAAGGCAUUCUGGGUACUUUGAUGUAUUCCAGGUGUGUCCUCCGAACAUCGGAGGAUCCGCAGAUACGCUGGACUCGGGAGCAGGUUUGGUCAAGUGGGGAUGUUUCCUAUGCGCUCAUCCGGAAAGAGCCGUUGGGUUUUUGAGAGGUGAUACACAACCAGUGAUUGAAGGCCAGUUAAAAGAAAAGAAAGGAAGAUGGAGGCUAUUCAGAAGAUGGCGGACGAGAUAUUUCACUUUGUCGGGUGCACAUUUGUCUUGCAGAGGAUCUAGUGGAGGAGAGUCAAUAGACGUAAACCAAAUACGUUCCGUAAAAGUAUCAAGAGGCGCAAGGAACAUUCCAAAGGCGUUCGAGAUUUUCACAGAAAAUCAAACACUGAUUUUGAAGCCGAAGGACGGUAAAAACGCUGAAGAAUGGGUACAGUGUUUGAGCAUUGUAGUAGCUCAUUCGCAUGCCAAAGAGCUACCAGCAAAAAGCAACUCGUUACCAGCUAGAGGUAUCAGCUCAAGUCGAACGGCGAUCUGACAGAAAUAUGGAGUUUUUUAUCAAAAUUGAUCGUUUCAUCUAGGAUUUAGGGCCGCACGUCCCUUUUUUCGUGACUACCUGUUUGCAACAGUAUUCCAAAUCCUUUUCAUCUGAUUACUUUAUGAUGUGUAUAUAGAUGGCUAAAAAACAUUAGUUUUAAAUUUUUUGUCAUAAAAUACACUUUUGUGGGUUUUAUUGCGGAUUUUUUUGUUGUUAACAAGAUUAGCACAGCUCUGAAAUUGUAGAUGAAUAUUCUACUUUUAUGGAUGAAUGACGCAAGUGAUUACUUUUAUUCUUAUCACACUUUUCUCUUUGAAAAAUCUUUGCUUUUCUUGAAAACUCAUUUUGCUGCGAGACGAGGUUUCAAGAAAAUCAAAUAUUUUUCGAAAAGGAAAAGUUAUAAGAACAAAAGUAAUCUCUUGUUUCAUUCUUCCAUGAAAGAGGAAUAUUCACACACAAUUUCAGAGCUGCACUUAUAUUUGUUAAUAAGUUCCGAUUGAAGAAAAAAUGCACAAUAGUGCAUUUUUUGAAAAAAAAAUGAAAUAAUUGUUUUUUAGUCAUAUCUAUACACGCUAUGAAAUUAUCAGAUGAAAAGGAUUUAGAAUACUGCUGUAUUAUAGGUUGUUUGAAAAAAAUCUUAAAAAAGGGACGUGCCACCUUAAGAGGUUGAAAUACCGUGUUCCACUCAAAUUCACAAGUCUGUGUCAAGGACCUUUCAAGUUGACAAGUUACACUUUUGGUUUUCAGGCAUUCCAAGAAUAAUUGCUCAUAUAUUUUAAAUGGAAAAGCAUAUUGCAUCAACACGUUUUUUGUAAAUUAGGACAAUUUAUGAUGAAAUAGAAUCUCAUUGCCAAGUGUACUUAAGAUUUUAUACUUAUUUAUAUAAAAUAUUAUCAAGAUAUUUUUAUACGUUGUUUUAGGAAUAUUUGUAAAUUUUUAUAUUGUAUAACUUAAGACUUGUUUUUUUGUUUUGUUUACAUGCAUUCCAGCUUUUACAAGUAAAUUUUAUAUUUGUUAUUGAAUAAAG